UUAUUCUCUUCUUCUUCUUCUUCUUGUCACCAUUAAUCCAAUGGAAAGCCCAAGCUGGCGUUACUCUUCCAACGGCUGAAGGUGAAAAAGCUCUCUCACUUUUCUUGCUUUUGUUUUAAUAUUAACCCUUUAGUGAUCGAAAAGCUAUAAUAAUUGCUAGCUACCUACUUAUUAACUGCCUUGUGUUGGUCUUGUUCUUGUUCUUCUUUUGAUCACUAAAGGGUUAAUCUUCUUCUUUGGUUUAUAAUUAUUAUUAUUAUGCAGUGGAAGCCAUUAGAGAAAUAGCUGCACAACUGAACAAGACAGACUGGAACUUCGAUGACCCUUGUAGUAACCAAUCGACUAUUGAUAAACCACGCACAGAAAAGUACAUUAAUGAAAUAGUAUGCAAUUGCUUCAUCCCUGCUCAUAAUGAAUGCCAUAUCCCUGUUCUUUCUCUUAACCCUUAAUUUCUCUAUUUUAAACUCCUUUCAUUUGUUUAUAAUAACACUCUCUUAAGUUCAGGGCCUUGGAGAGCAACUUGUUUUCUGGAACUGUUCCCUCUGAGCUUGGGAAAUUGGUGAACUUGACUUAUUUGAAUCUUAAUGCAAACAAUCUCACUGGAGAGUUCCCUUUGUCUCUCACUAAUCUCUCCAAGUUAUCCGUGCUGAAAGCAACUGUUGUUGGUUUAUGAAUACAUGGAAAACAAUAGCCUAGCACAUUCUCUAUUUGGUUCUGAAGAAGUUGAAGUGAAAUUAGACUGGAAUACAAGGCAAAGAAUAUGUAUAGGCAUUGCAAGAGGUCUGGCUUUCCUACAUGAGGAAUCAGCACUGAAAAUUGUACAUAGAGACAUCAAAGCCACAAAUAUACUACUAGAUAGGGAACUUACCCCAAAAAUAUCAGACUUUGGUCUGGCCAAACUAAAUGAAGAGGACAACACCCACAUUAGCAGUAGAGUUGCUGGAACUAUAGGAUAUAUGGCCCCUGAAUAUGCACUAUGGGGUUACUUAACUGAUAAAGCAGAUGUCUACAGUUUUGGAGUAUUGACAAUGGAAAUUGUGGCUGGAAAAAAUAACAUGAAAUACCACCCUAAUGAAAACUUUGUGUGCCUUCUAGAUUGGGCCCUAUUCUUGCAACAAAAGGGGGAUGUAAUGGAGCUGGUGGAUCCAAAGUUGGGAUCCAAAUUCAAAAAAGAAGAGGCAAAACGAAUGAUUAAGGUAGCUCUAUUGUGCACAAAUCCAUCACCCUCACUUUGCCCCACCAUGUCUACAGUAGUAAGCAUGCUUGAAGGUCGAACUACCAUCCCUGAACUGGUUAUGGAUUCAAGUUCUCAUGAUGAUCCGUUCAGGUUGACUGGGUUGCGAGUCAAGCUUGAUCAGAUUUCACAACAAACCUCCAGUAGUGAAUCUCAUAGUUUUCUUGCUCAGUCAUCCAACUCAUCAUCAAUGUGGAUUGAUUCUGGGGGAUGUGCAUGAUCUCUUUAUCUUUAGUGAGAGUCUUUACAUUUAGGUAAGUUAAAGUGUGAACUAGAAUUAUUUGCAAACAAUUAAAGAAAACUAUCUUUUAUGAUUUUAUUAUUCA